CGAAGAAGAAGUUCACUUUCAGCCAAAUUAAUAUCAAAUUUAUUUACACGGCAAAAUAAAAAAAUAAAUAAAAAAACAUAUGUCUGGAGCCUUGAGAAGAAGGUGUGCUGAAGAUUGUAUUAGUCCGUUAGUGUGCUGAACGGUAUUUAUUAGUAGCGGUAUUUAUUAGUAUUUAUUAGUAGCUGGCUAGCCUAGCUAGCCUAGCUUUGUGUACAGUGCUAGCUCUGUUCAAGCUCUGUUCAAGCAGCUUUGCCUGUGACAGUGGCUUUAUAGAAAAGCUUUGAAACUGUAGAGUUCAUCUUAGCGGCCUGGCAUCAUCAUAUGUGAUCUCAAAUUUACUGUCAUUUGGCUGAAAGAGUUGUGUUUAUCCCUGUGCUACAACAUCAGUAUGGGUAUGUGUUUACCCUGUCUGGGUGGAGCUGGAGAUGAUGUAGUUGUCACACCAGACCCUGAGACAAGGAGAAGACAAUUAGCAGACGCUGCAGAGAAGAGACAGAAAGAGAUUACCUACAGAGGUAUCAAAAACCCGGAAGCCUUGGAGAGGAAAAAGAAGAAACAGGAAGAAACAGAGAAACAGACCAUGAACUCUGUUCCUGCUGGAGGCGGGGGGCUGAGGUGGCAGGUUGGCUAACACCGGCUGAAGGGACGAUCACUGGUGUGUCUACAUUGGGGAUCAGCCUUGAACCUUCAUCUGGAGUAUUUCCCGCUGACUUGAGAUUCUUAAAACUCUUUGUGAUUUCUUUCUUUAUUUUGAAGUGUACACUAGCCAGGGGAGUUUGCAUAGAGACUGCCAAGCUCUUGCACAAAGCUAAUCCUCCAGCUCUUCUGAUUCGCCAGAGUGCAUUCAGGCCACGCCCCUUUAAUGCCAAGUUGGGCUAGCUUGUGGGUUCCUGCGAUACCGAUUUUAGCGAAUAAUGCAUUUUUUCACAAGUUCAUGCAUCAUUUUCACACGCAGCUUUUGUACCAAUGUGCUCUCUAUUUUUGACAUUUUUUUCACUUUAAUACACAUUUAUACAACCGAAAAGCAUGUUUUAUAUUGGAUUUUGGGUCAUUUAAUCCAUAUUUAGCCGUUUACAUUUAAGCAUCAGUUACCAGUGUGUUUUGGUUUUCAAGCUCAUAGGAUUUUUCAAUGAGCAAGUGGGAAAUGUUGUGAUAUUUAAGAGUGAAGAAGUUAAACGUGAAUGAAGGAUUUCUGUUAGUUAGCACUUUCACUGCCUGUUGAUUGUAUGACUUGCUGUUCUUAUGAACCAAGUAGAUUGUGCAUCACUUUAUCUUAUUAGACCUCAGUUUCUUACCCUGUCUGAAGGGCUUUGGUUGUGUAAAGGUAAGAAAAUCUUAACUUGCAUUUAAACUCAACCUCCAUAUUUGUGGGCCAUGCAACAGUGACAUGAUAUGACUUGUUAAUUACCAGUAUGUAGCAGCCUGAGCUAUUGUGAUUAGUGUGAAAUAUGUUUUAUCUAUAGGAACUUGGAGUGAAUUCUUCAUAUUGCCUUUGAUGCAUUUCUUUUUAAGAAACCGUUUUAAGUUGUGUUAAAGGAAUAGUU